UGAUAUGGUCAAUUCGGCCACCAUACUGUGGACUUGUAUUCUCGCGAUCUUAUUGCAACACUGAGGUGAAAAUGACAAUGCUAACGGCUUAUUAGCAUUGAGGAAUGUCAUUUUUCGUAUUGCGUUAAAUGGAACUCAAGACAAUCGACUCCUACCGAGGAGUGUUUCCUGAUCGCCUGAAACUGGGAGGAUUUCUUCCAUCAGGGUGUAUUCAAAAAUGUAGACAAAAGUGAAGUGUCUCCUGUAUGAGAUUCAUCAACUCCUCUCAGCAGUCCCAUUUGCCAGGUCCUCGUGGUUGACAUCUUCUCAGGACGCCAGCUGUCCUCCAGUAGCCCAUCCCUGGCUGCACAUCCAAAUUUCUCCACCAUGCUGUUUUCUUUGCGUGAACUUGUUCAGUGGUUAGGCUUCGCCACUUUCGAACUCUUUCUCCACUUGCUCGCUUUGCUGGUGUUCAGCAUGCUAGUUGCCCUGCGGGCUGAUAUGUUCGCUCCCAUGCUAAGCUGGUGGUUGGUGUUUGUACCCCUGUUUGCUGCCGACGGUCUCAGCACCUACUUCACAGCCAUCGUAUCCAUCCGCCUCUACCAGGAGAACGAGAAACGCCUGGCGGUCCUCCGACUCCUCUGGGUUCUUACAGUGCUCAGCCUGAAGCUGGUGUGUGAGGUUCUACUGUGCCAGAAGCUGGCGGAGCAGGAACAAGCCAGAGACCUUAGAUUUGGCCUAAUCGUCUCACCACUCUUCAUCCUUCUACAGCUGCUGAUGAUACGAGCAUGCCGAGUCAACUGAGGAGUUGGUGGGAAGUUUUUUUUUCCCAUCUGCUGUUGGAACAUUUGAAGUUUUACACUAGUGUGUUUCUAUUUGGCUUUUUGGAACAUCUUGUUCUACGUGAACAUUCAAUACAUACAUAAUCGCCCUUUGUGAUUGCGCACAUUUUUUAUUUUUUUUUUUUUUUUGCGGUCCAUAUUUCUAAUUGAACCAAAUUGAACAAAAACGUUCACUCUGUGUUGUUAUUAGAUAUACAGUACUUCAUAAUGUCUGGUGUAUUAAUGGAGAAAUCCCUGCCUCUGUGUGGAUGCACCUGGGCAAAAGUCUAACAAGAGAAUCAUUCUUAAAGCAAUGCAUCAAAAUAAAUUCCAGGAUCUUUCUAAUUUAAAUCUUGCUAAACGUGAUUUGAUUAACUCCAGAAGCAAGCGACAUUCAGGAACUCAGUGCAAACAUUUUCUGACCUGUCAUCAGGCUGAGUUUUCACCACGUUGAGUGAGUUUUUGAGGGUGUAUGGAAUAAGAUGAGCCAUAGGUAUCAAUGGGAUGAUAUGGGUCAUAGUGCCUCUUCAUUUUUCAGUCAAUGGUAGACAAUACAUCUUGUGGAAUCCAACAAUGUUACUUUGAAAUGGACAUGAACACGUGCCACAGUAAGUUGAAUGACAGUGGAAUUAGGAGCAAAUAGUUCUCCAGGAAUGUUGAAUGCAGAAAUAUUGUUGAGGUAAUACAUAUUUUUCAAACAGUUGAAAAGAAUGUUUAACACAGGCAGCUUAUUCUGAAACUCUUUAAGUUUUCUUCACAUUUUCCUCAAAUAUUUUUUUCCCUCAAACUUGUGUAUGUUCUGCAUGUAUUCAAGGUCAAUUCCUGUGACAAUAUAUAUGUCAAUUUAGGAAACAACUUGACGAAAUAUUUGUUAUAUUAGUGCAUCUUUUCUGUUUAUACGCUGUAAAUAAACCAAUGUUUAAUCUAUUUUCUUCGGAGAAAAUUCAGAUUUUAGCCGGGCCAAAGGAAGUCUGACUUUUUAUUUUUAGCCCCCGGGAGGCGCUGGAGGCUUGCUGAUGGAAAACGUCUUGUUUACUUAUGCCAAAUCCGUUUACACUUUCUAUUAAAAUGUGAGAGUUUAGCGCAGUGGUAUUUUUUUUUAU